AUCGUGGAGGGGCUGCAUCUUGAUGACCUCUCGCGCGCAACAUAUCUACCUAUAUACAUAUGGGCGCAUAUCCCCCAACGCCACGACCGACAUAUCAUUGCUCACUAUAACAUGCGAUAACCGAAGCCAAAAGGCUUUAGCACAGUAACCAUGUCUGUGAUUCUUUGCACAGCGGGCUACGAUCACACGAUCAGGUUCUGGGAGGCUCUCUCCGGCAUUUGCUCUCGCACAAUCCAACACCCCGAUUCUCAGGUCAAUCGCCUCUGUAUCUCCCCCGACAAGCGUUUUCUUGCUGCCGCAGGCCACCAUACGGUCAAGCUCUACGACAUCAAGUCGACGAACCCGAAUCCGUUGCUGACAUUCGAGGGUCACACGGGAAACAUUACUGGCGUUGCCUUCCACUGUGAGGGCAAGUGGAUGGUCACCAGCUCGGAGGAUGGCACAGUCAAGAUCUGGGAGACGCGCAGCGGCCAGGUUCAGCGCAGCUACAACCACGGCUGCCCCGCCAACGAUGUCGUGAUCCAUCCAAACCAGGGUGAGAUCAUAAGCUGUGACCGCCAGGGCAGCGUCCGCGUCUGGGACCUAGCCGAGAACAACUGCUCUCACCAGCUGAUCCCCGAGGAAGACGUCUCCGUCUCGAGCGUCACUGUCGCCAGUGAUGGUUCGCUGCUGUGCGCCGCGAACAAUGGCGGAAACGUUUUCGUGUGGCAGCUGCUGCAAGCUUACGAUCGAACACAGCUCCUUCCUGUGACUCACUUCAACGCGCACAAAGAGUACAUCACGCGUAUUCUGCUUUCGCCUGACGUCAAAAAGCUCGCAACCUGCAGCGCCGACCACACCGCCCGCAUCUGGGAGGUAAAGGACCUUGAGCCUGCCGCCGACCAGGAGCCCAAGCCCUUUCCACUCGAGGCGACACUCACAGGCCACCAGCGCUGGGUGUGGGACUGCGCGUUCAGCGCCGAUUCGGCUUACCUAGUGACGGCCUGCUCUGACCACUACGCCCGGCUCUGGGAACUCCACAGCCAGCAGAUCAUCCGCCAGUACAACGGCCACCACCGAGGUGCGGUCUGCGUCGCCCUCAACGACUACUCGGAGUCUACUAGGUAACGACUGUGGGUUGACGCUUGGGGUGGCAUUCGUAUUUGUCAAUUUUCCUUGGUUCACAACAGAACCCUAUUGUGCGUGUAACAUUUUCAUCAGUUUGGGCAAUGAGGGGACUUGGGUUGGCGGGGCGUCCGGGAAAGUCGUUUGUAGCGCAUUUACAGUUGGGAUGCGGCCGUCUGCAUUGCAUAU